AUGACAAUAUUCAGUCUCGAGAAACCGAGCCUCGCUGCUCAGGAGCCUCUUCCACUGGAAGCCCGCAUCAUCAACAUCCCGCCCAUCACUUCCACGAUCGAGGGAGGUCUCAACUCGCCGGUAACUUCUUUUGCUGCGAGCGAGGAGACUGUCGUUGCUCAAGAAGAUGGAACUUCCGCUGGGAUUGUUCCAGAUGGUGGACUCCGGGCUUGGUUGGUUGUUUUGGGCGGAUUCUUGGACUUUACCAUUGCUUUUGGACUUGUCAACUCUUUUGGUACAACAAUUCCACCCAUGUCUAACUCAUUCUCCCCGCAGCUCUUCAUCCUCUUCCUCGGAGGCGCCGUCGUCGGCCCCAUCUUUGACAGAUACGGCUCCCGCGCGCUCAUGUUCUCCGGCACCGCCGUCUGCCUGCUCUCCUUUAUUUGCUCCAGCUUUGCUGCUCAGUACUACCAGUAUCUCCUGGCUCAAGGAAUCCUGCUCGGAAUUGGAAAUGCGCUGCUCUUCUACCCAGCGACCGGGGCCAUCUCAGAGUGGUUCAACCACAAACGAGGCCUCGCCCUAGGCAUCGCCCUCUCGGGCUCCUCCGUCGGCGGCAUCUUCUGGCCCAUCAUCAUCAACAAGCUGUUCGACUCCGUGCCAGCCCCCUGGGUCCACCGCAUCAUCGCCCUCAUCUCCGUCCCCGUCCUGCUCAUCUCCUGCUUCCUCGUCCGCGAGCGCAAAGCCACACUCGCCGCCGUCAUUAUCAUUACCGACGCCGAGGCCAACCUAAGCGGCAGCAGCGUCAAGCCAACAGACAAGAACAGGGACGAAAGCAAGGCGGAAGAGCGCAACCAGAAUUCCUCCGGCAUCCGCGACGCCGUCUGCGAGCGCCGCUUCGCAGCGCUGUGCCUCUCGCUCUUCUUCAUCUACGGCGGCAUGCUCAUCCCCUUCUACUACAUCCCGCUCUUCGCCAUCGAGCACGGCCUCGGCGCGACCAUGGCCAACAACCUGCUGGCGAUUGGAUACGCCGGCUCCGUCGUCGGCCGCGUCGGCAGCGGCUGGAUCGCCGACCGCUUCGGCCGCUUCAACGUCUUAUUCAUAAUGGCCCUCCUCACAGCCACAGUCACCUUCUCCUGGGCCAGCAUGACCUCCUCCGCGGCUAUGACCGCCUCCGCCCUCCUCUUCGGCCUCUUCUCCGGCGGCCUCAUCCCCCUCGGCUCCGCCUGCGUCGCCCAGACCACCCCCGCCGACAGCAUGGACCGCAUCGGCCUGCGCAUCGGCCUCAUGAUGGCCUUCGCCUCGUUCGCCGCCCUCUCCGGCGGGCCCGCCAGCGGCGCCAUCAAGGACGCCUCUGCCGCCUCCGACGACGCAGCCUGGCUCGCCGUCUUUUCGUUUUCUGCCGCCCUCACGCUGGCCGGCGCGGGGAUGCUGCUCGGGGUCCGGUUUUGGUGGAGGCCUUUUGGGGACAAGGCUGUUUUCUAA